AUGGGUGAAACACACAGAGGAACUAGAGCGAAUUUGGCGACCUAUGCUGUUGAUCGAUUCCGUACACGUUCUCACGCUUAUGUUGAACCCGACGAGAGGAUUAUUCCGAAUCUCCAAGCAUGUGGCUUCGGACAUAUCAUAAAAGUUAACAACAACACCAUAGACAGAAAAUUCAUCCUUGCCUUGCAAGAGCGAUGGAGGCCUGAAACCCACACGUUUCAUCUUCCAAUAGGUGAGUGUACUAUUACUCUAGAGGAUGUUUAUAUGUUACUUGGUCUGCCCAUUGAUGGCAAGGCUGUUAAUGGAUCUGUUCAACAUGCUAAUUCAAUGUGUGAGAGAGUGUUGGGAAGAGAUCUAGUUGUGCCUACUCAAGGUUCAAGAGGCCAGGGUAUCAGUCUGGUCUCCCUUAGAGAUUACUAUGAUGAACUCGUCAUGAUGGACAACUUUACUGAGGAGCAUGUUUGGUUAAUGACUAAGGUUUAUAUAAUGUUGAUGUUUGGUAAACUUUUAUUCCCGGAGUCGACAGGUAACACUGUCAACUUUUUCUAUUUAAGUAAAUUUGACAGUAUUAGCAAGAUUAGGAAAUAUAGUUGGGGGUCCGCCGUUUUGGCGAUGUUAUACCAGUCUCUUUGUAAGAACGCGGUUGCCGAGAAGUGCACCUUCUAUGGAUGUGCGUUCCUCCUACAAGUAUGGGGUUGGUGGAGAAUGCCGACGCUGUCCCCGGUAGGCAGGAACAACUACACGUUCCCUUAUGCAACAAGGUUCUGUGGUCCUAAAUUGGAUUACAGUAAGAAUCCGAGGGGGAGUGUUGUUUUAUAUCGGGACCUAAUUGAUCACCUCCGAGCUGAAGAUGUAUUAUCCCUAAACUUUUAUAUGAUCAUAUAGAUGUAUUACAAUUCAUCAUGCUUUUUAAUAAUAUGUUAUUUUUUCUCUCACGCAGUUUAAUUGGAGACCAUACUUGUUGCUGGACCAUGAGCCAAACGAGAGUGACCGGGAAGUUUGGACUGCAGUAGUACCGAUAAUAAGGUUCAACAUCAUUGAGAUGCACCAAUCUGACCGUGUGAGACUGCAGUUUGGCAUGCAUCAACCAAUCCCGGACCCCCCCACUGAUUUGGGUCGCUGGCAUAUUAAAAGAGUUAACAAUCAAUGGGACCACGCAGAUUAUCGUACAUUCGCACCUGAA